CGCCGCCCCUGCUCACCACGUUGCAAGGAUGGCGACGCCGGCAAACCCACCCCCAGCCCUGUCGUCACGGGGACUGCCAGCAACAACAACGUCACCGACCAACCCUGGCGCCACCGCUACGGAUGAAGGAUGGCACGGAAAGGUCGAAGUAGAUUCAGGUUCUCCUGCUGUUGCAACCGCUACAGCCACAGCGGAAGCAUCGCGAGGUUCCCCAACAGCCCUGGCGGCGGCAUGGCCAACCGCUUCUUGCUCGGAGGGAUCUGUGGGCACUUGCUUGGAGAGGUCCGUGGAUUUGCGACCCCCUUCAAAACGAGCCAAAGAAGAGGGCAGAGCGAAUGCCCCCACUACCACCGGACUGGAAUGCAAGUCCGCCAUCUCGGCCACGGGGCCAGGAGCAGAGGCUACUGCCCCAGCUGGAAGCGGACAACGCUCGUGUGGUGAUGAGUCGAAGGAUUCUGCUGCAUUUGGAACGAUGAAACCCAGCGGCUGCGCCGCGAGUAGUAAUCCAGCCGGUUCUGUUGUUUCCAGGGGGGGGGGCACAAGUGAUGGAGCGGGAGUGCUAGAAUCGCCCCGUUCUCUGUCGGCUUGGCUUAAAGAGGGCCCCUUUGUGCUGUCCAUGUCACCUGGAUUUUUUGGCUUUUACGCCCACAUCGGAGCUCUGAUUGCCCUGGACAAUGAAGGCCUUCUUAACGAGGUGAGCUUCGCCACAGGAGCGAGCGCGGGUGGCCUGGUGGCCGGACUCUUCGCGGCUGGGCUAUCACCUACCGACAUGGGUGACACCGUCGUGAAGUUUCGGCGGUCUGACUUUUGGGACCCCGUGGGUUUUGGGGGACUCCUGCGCGGGAAGAAGUUCGAGGACAUAGUCAAGGGGACCCUCCCGGGUGGCGUGCGUCGAUUCGAUCAAGGCCGGAUUCCCCUGGCGGUCUCGGCAUUUGACGUGUCCCGCCUGACGACGAGGACACUGGACGAGGGGUGUAUUGCCCAAGCCCUCCGAGCCACGUGCACCUUCCCGGGCCUCUUCUCCCCGGUCUGGCACGACCGAGGUGUUUUGGUGGACGGUGGGGUGCGGGACACGACCGGCAUGUGGUGCGUGCCGGAGGAGCGACAGGACUGCCGCCGCAUUCUGAACGUGACCUUUGGUAGCAGGAACGGCAGGGGCGUGUGCGUGCCGCCGUCUAGUUUCCCUACCGCGUCCAAUCCACGGCCUGCCCCUGACGGAAUGGAGAUCGUGUCUCUUCCGCUGACUGGCCUACCGAGGCCUCAUCCGUUUGCCAUGGAGCGAGGCGUGGAUGCGAUGGAGGCGGCUCGGAACCAAGUUGCUGCGGCGAUAGGAGAGCCUCUCUUGAAAGGGCAUGGCCGAUCUCAUUGGAUCGCCGCCACUACCGCGACCCAGCCACCGCCGGCCAAGCGCGCUCGCCGGGACGGUAGCGGCAUCCUCAGGGAGAGUUGCGUUGCCGCCAGCAAUGACGCAGUCUGCAGCAGCGGCGGCAGCAGCGCAAAUGGGGAGCGUGGGGAGGCGGCAGGCGGCGUAAAGGUGAAGCAGGAAGGUGGCAUCUGCGGGCGUAGCAGCGGCAACAACACCCCCAGCAAUGGCAGCUGCAGUAGCAGCACGGAGUUAGCGACUGGUACAUGUAGGCGUGCUUGUCCCGCCAUAAGGGCAGACAAAGGCACGGCUGCGCCGAUGGGGGUGGACGGAUCAGCAGUCGGAAGUAGCUGUCCGAGGGGCGCAAGUGCGGACACCCGUGACACCGGGCUGGUAGACGGAAGAGCCGACCGCAAGAGGAAAGCCGAAGGGCCGCUUGUGCCACAAGCCGCAUGGAAGCAGAGGGACUCCAAGAGGAACCUCCCGUCGCAUGACAUUGCGUGCCUGGGCGAGUACAAUGAGACUGCAAAAUCGUCAGGUGGCGCCGUGACUCCCAGCGAAGCUCGCACAACUGGAGCAGCUAGCGGAGGCGGCGCGUACCGUGCCUUGGGUAGUGUUGAAGCCGCGGGUGCCGAAAAUCUCCUUUUCCGUGAAGGAAAAAUUGACUGUUCGAUCGGGACUUCAAUAUGUCCAGUUACGACGAUAGGACUGGAGCUGCAACCGCGCCGGUGACAGCCGAACCCCCAGCGGCA